GCAGAGAAAAAUCCUCCCAGUCCUGAUGAAAGUCCGCGUUCAACUGCCGACAACCGAAGCCGUCGAGAAAGCUGGAAGAAUCCCAAAUCAUCCUUAUAAGCGCUACUCGUCUGCCUCUCAUGUUUCUCAUCGGAAUCCAUGGCUUCCGUUUACAGGUGCACGAACUGCGGAACCGAUCUCAACCUAAGUGCAGCAUAUCUAUUCCCCCCGAAUGCUUACUUCGAGGCAGGGAACAAGGGCACGCUUUCCUUUUCUUGGGUGGACGAUUCCAAGCUUCGCUUCACCAAGGAGGACAAGAUUAAACCCUUCUUCGAGACCGUCAAUUACUGGGGAAUCCAGCGCAAGCGCACUAAGAUGCAGUGCGAUGCCUGUGGUUUUCUUGUCGGCUAUAUCUACGAUGACGGCCCGCCCAUGAUGCAGGGCAACGGUCAGCUCGGCAUGGGCCCAAGUCAGGCAAUCCCUAGGUGCCCCAGGUACAGGUUCAAGACAAAAGCCCUUGCUAUUUCUUCUUGAACUGUUUAUUCUUUGUUCAUCUUUCGCAUUGCAACUAGGCUUUCCCGACACCGAGGCUUCCCUCUAUGGUAGAAAACUUACUGGAAAUUUAUGAUUUAGGUUUGAGUUUUGCAUUUGUUCUUUUUUUAUGUAAAUUUGAUAUGAAUUCUUGUCAUUUGUAAGUUUUUUUCUGUAAUAUAGAAAUUAAUUUGCUACAAGUGAACAAUUUUUUUCUUUUGUUACAUUUAGCAUAAAUAUAGUUGGAAUUCCACG